AUGCAUCGACAAGAGUCUGUUGGCGGCGGGCAAGGCUCCCUCACAACGGCCGAGGUGCUGGACCGCGCGAUGGACCAAUGUAUGCAGCGUGGGCUCUUUGACACCGCGGCGUGGCUCGGGCAGCUUGCCCUCAACGCCACAGACGGCGUUCUGCACGAGCGAAUUGCGGCCACCUCGCCGGUUGUCGCGGCGUUGCAGGACCCGCCGCUCACAGGCCGCGCCCACCGCCACCUCGUCGUGGCGCUGAGCCUGAUGCAGAAGGGCGAGUACCUGCGCUGCCAUUACGAACUUGACAGCGCCCUAAAGGAGUUUGCCGCAGAGGCGACGCCGGAGGAGAGGAGUGAGUCGUGUGCGACGGAAUUCCCGCCGCCGCAACUGCAGUUUUUGUGCCUCUAUUCCCUCUACAUGGGUGGGGAGUGCGUCAAGUGCACCAGCAGCAACCCACGCAAGAGCACCAACCCGCACCUGAGGACCCUGCGCGGGCGCCUGCUCGCCGUGCUUGAGCAGCAGCGCCGCUCCUCGUCGACGCCGGCGGCGUCUGUGCGCUCCUCUGUGAAGCCCGCACCGCGGUCGUCGACGUUGAUGGGGGUGGGCGCGGCGGCGUACGGUGACCCAUUCCUCUGCUGGCUGCACGGCGUCGUGCUGCGCGAGCUCGGGAUGAAGCAGGAGAGCGCCACCUACUUUCUGGCCGCCCUCUGCAACCACCCGAUGCUCUGGUGCGCCUGGGAGGAUCUCUGCACUCUCGUCAGCCGCGAAAACCAGAUUGAGGAGAUUGAGGCAAUGAUCGCCGCGCUGGAGCCGCGGUUUAUGCCGGAAAUAUUCCUGGCCACCGUGAAGGCGGCGCUGAACGUUGCCCCCGUCUCGCUCGCCCCGUCGUCCUUGUCGAGCGCGGCGGCCGCUGCCAUGGUGCAGCGAAGCACAAGCCCGCACGGCGGCAGUUUGCCGCCCCAGCCGACGCCGGCGCGGGAAUCGCAGCAGCAGCAUCAGCAGCAGCAGCAGCAGCAGCAGCAGCGACGUGGGGAGGGGUACGUGUCCCCGCGGCUGGUGAACUCCUGGGAGGCGCUGCUGGAGCGGUUCCCCGGCAGCCUUUUCCUCCUCUCCAACCUCGCCGGCUACUACUACAACGUCAAGAAGGACUUGGAGAAGGCCCAGAGCCUCUACAAGCGGCUGCAUGAGAUGAAUCCCUACCGGCUUGAAUCCGUGGACGACUACUCUAUCGUGCUCUUCCUCCGCGGCGACCGCAUUGGACUCAGCAGCCUCGCGCAGCAGGUCUACCAGAUUGACCCCUUCCGCGCCGAAAGCAACUACGUGGUGGGCAACUACUACGUCCUGAUGGGCGCACACGAUCGCGGGGUGUUGCACUUUCGUCGCGCCGUGGCGGCUGACCCCACGUUCCUCGCCGCCUGGACGCUGCUCGGCCACGCCUACCUGGAGACGAAGAACAGCGCGGCCGCGGUGGAGGCGUACCGCGCCGCGGUGGAGCUUGACCCACGCGACUACCGUGGCUGGUACAACCUCGGCCAGAUCUACGAGCUGCUGCAGUUCUACCACCAUGCGCUGUACUACUACUGGCACACGACGACGCUGCGCCCCACGGACCCGCGGAUGUGGUCUGCGGUGGCAAACUGCCUCGACCGCGAAGGCCGCAAGGAGGAGGCGGUGCUGUGCCUCGAGCGCGCCGAGGCGUACGAGAGCUCCUCCUCCGACUACUACCCGCCGCUGGUGCACCGCCUCGGCUCCCACUACCUGGAGACGCGGCAGCCGGAUCGGGCGGUGGUGUACCUCGAGAAACUCGCCCUCUCCGAGGCACGGCGGCUGGAUGACGUGCUCUUCGCCCUCCCGCACGUGUCGUCGUACUACCUGAAGCAGGCGCGGCAGCUGCUGAACAUCCCCUCGCGCUCCCCCAGCUACGACCCCGCCCCGCACUACGCCGCGAGGGCAGGGAGGCCGCCGCCGACGGCUGCAGGAGGGGCUGCCAGCGCCGGCAGUGGCGACGGCUUCGUCGUCUACGGCUGCAGCCUAGCCGACCAGUGGCUCGCGGCGGACGCUGCGGUGCGGCGACACAUCGAGGCGCGCUGGGAGCAGGCGGCGUUGUGCCUGACAAAGACGGAAAAACACUUGGGGAGCUUCGCGGCCGCGUUGGGCAUUCCGGUGUCGGCGGCAGCAGAGCCCGGGAUGCCUGGGCCCGCGGAGUACGGCGACGCCGGCGGCGGAGUGAUGCCUGAGGAAGGAGCGAGCCAGCACACCAUGCAGCUUGACUGCCUGUGCCGCGAGCUAAACAAGGUCCGUCAGUACCUGGCGAGUCAGCAGGAGCAGGUGGAGGCGGCCGUUAGAAUGCGGGGAGGGGGGCGUGAGGGAGGGAGUGCGUAG